AUGGGGGACCAUCACCGGCGGACCCGGAGACUCGGGAGCCUCACGAUCAAGUCCCGGGUCUCCAAGGAGACGAAGCUCCGGUUGCGCGUGAUCUUCCUGGAUGACAGCGAGCGCACGUUCGAGGUGGAGCAAAAGGUUUUAGGUUGUGACUUCUUCAACAAAGUGUGUGGACAUCUGAAACUGUUGGAGAAAGAGUACUUCGGACUUGAGUUCAGACACCACAGCGGCAACUAUGUGUGGCUGGAGUUACUGAAGCCUCUGGCAAAACAGAUUAAAUACACCAACGAUCUGUUCUUCCGGUUUAUAGUCAAGUUCUUCCCUCCGGACCCGGGUCAACUGAAGAGGGGCCUCACCAGGUAUCUUUUUGCCUUACAGAUAAAGCAGGACUUGUCUAAUGGGAGUCUGACCUGUAAUGACAACAGCGCCGCCCUGCUGGUGUCUCACAUACUGCAGUCAGAACUAGGGGACUAUGACGAGGAGCUGGAUUGCCACCAUCUGGAGAUGAAGCAGUACGUCCCCAACCAGGAAUAUAUUGACCAUAAAAUCAUCAAAUUCCACAAGAAACACAGAGGUGUCCCUCCGGGAGACUCGGAUAUCCACCUGCUGGAGGUUGCGAGGAAGCUGGACAUGUACGGUAUCAGGCCUCACCCAGCCCACGAUGGGGAAGGGAUGAGGAUCAAUCUGGCUGUCACACACUCUGGAGUACUGGUCUUUCAGGGAAACACCAAGAUCAACACAUUCAGCUGGGCUAAGAUACGCAAGUUGAGCUUCAAACGGAAACACUUCCUCAUCAAGCUACAUGACAAAGUUGGGCCAUUGUGUAAAGACACGCUGGAGUUCUGCAUGGCCAGUCGAGAUGUGUGUAAGUCGUUCUGGAAAACGUGUGUAGAGUACCACGCCUUCUUCAGACUCGCUGAGGAACCGAAGACGAUGCACAAAACACUGCUGUCCUGCAAAGGAUCCAGCUUCAGAUACAGUGGACGGACACAGAAGCAGCUACUGGAGUGUAUGGGAUCCCGGGAGAAGAAGCCUUCGCACUUUGAGAGGACUUACUGUCAGUCAGACUACGAUCCCAGACAGUGUCGUUCUUCCCCCGAUCUUCUCACUGACGUUUCCAAACAACUGUUUGAGCAUUCCCACCCGUUCCCUCGGUCGAGUCGUGCCUUGGUGGUCCGCAGUCAAGACGAGCUAGACCCACUUCACCAGGGAAUAGACGACAUCGAAAUUGCGGGAGGAGGAGCUAAACGAAGCCAUUCAUCUAUUGAGGUCACCCAAAAGUCCCGCCCAUUCAUCCAGGUCACACCCCUCUCGCCAUCUCUCCACCAAUUUACCCCCUCGCCCAAGAUGAGAUCUGCCUCUACGUCUGUGAUGGAGGACAUGAGGGGGGGACGAAUUGGGGCGCAGCGCCAAGCCCAACGCCUAGCUGGUGUCUACGGCAACCGUUCACGGCGCCGGCCAAACCCCCAGCCUCACCCCGAUGCAGCACAGCAAUUGGUUCUUCUCUAUCCAAACAGCCCCGCUUACCAGUACCACCCAAUCCUCCCAACAUUCCCAUUUGCCGGUUCUUCGCCACUCAACAGACACCCCUACUUGUCAGACUACGUCGCCGUUUCUUCACUGGAGCGUUUCCCGCAGUCAAGAAGACGAGAUUACGUGACGAUGGAUGGCAUAUCGAGGCCGUCUUUCUACUCGCUAAGCCAAGAUUCGCCAUCUGUUUCGCCAAUCAGGAGGAACCUUCGCCCCUCAGGUGCAGGUGGAAUGGGAUUGGCAAGGGUUUAUCAGUCGGGAGGCAAUGGAGCGAGGUUCUUGGGCGUUGGACAUACCGAGGCGGGACAUUACAGCGACGACUCCAGCUUUCUUCCGGGGCUGCCUCGCCGUGUGGCCAGCCAACCAGAUGUUAAGUUUCACCUCUCAAGGAGUUCGAAUCCCGCCUUCAACCCCGCCUCUGAGUUUCGUCCCCUUGGUUACUACCCCCACCUAACACGCCCCUCCAGACCCAACUACCUCCCGCUUAACUCCUCCCCUCUGCCCGAUCGCCCUACUUCUUUAUGCAUGAUCGGGGGCACCUCGGGUAACUACAGCGACUCGGACCCCGAAGUUUUCUACCCGUAUUACUGCCCCCCACCCCCGCUAGGGAAAACGGGUCGGCCCUCCGGACUAGCCAGGAUGAGGUUUUCCUCAGGGAGCCUCCAGCUGGAUGAGGAGGAAGAGGAGGAGGAUGAGGAAGGAGCGAAGGGCAAAACAACAAAAGAUGAGGAAGAGGAAGAAAAAAAGCAGACGAAAGGUGCUUCGAAGAUUACUGAAGUCACGCUGUAG